AUGAAGAAUAAAUUCUUUGUGAGCAAUCCAGACAAACCAACUAUAAGUGUUACCACAUCUAGUCCUUACCAGAUCAGAGAAGGUGAUACAGCGGUGAUAUAUUGUGUAGUGACAGACGCUAACCCCAACACUAUGAUCACAUGGAGCUGGACAAAGACAGGAGACCCUGCUGUCCUAUACACGGGUCAGAACUACACAAUUCCUAACAUACAGAAAGGACAGAGAGGAACCUACCAGUGUACAGCUACACACUCUAUAGGGACUUCUCUACCAGCCACAGUACAGGUGGAUGUACAGUAUAAACCGAUAGUACAUCUAAAUUCAUCCACCCCCUACCACGUAACAGAACAUAGGGACGCUGUGAUGAUCUGCUCUGUAAUUGAUGCUAAUCCCAGCACUGGAAUCACAUGGACAUGGAAGAAGAUUGGUAAUUCUGUGAUUCUGAGUCGUGAGGCGACCUACACAAUCCCCAGGAUAAGCAGAGAUCAGGCUGGGGACUACAGUUGUACAGCUACUAAUACUAUAGGGAUAUCCACACCAGUCACAGUACAAGUAGAUGUACAGUCUAUCCCUUGUCCACCAUAA